AGGAGCAGCAGCAACACUAUCAGACAGAGUACAGGCAGCAACGGCAGCAGCAGCAGCAAACUCUUCUCCGUUUCCCUUCUUUCUGGAGUUGUUUCUUUGGAGCGCGGUCGUCAAAGGAAAAGGCGAUCCGGGGCUUUGAUAGCUGCUCUAAAAAACAUAAACAAACCAACAAACGCAGACCUGGCUGCCCCCAUGCCUAUCGAAUUUGUUUGCAAAAUCAAGUUUGCAGAGGAGGAUGAGAAGCAGAAAAACAAGCAGGAUGGGGACAAGGAGAGUCUGAUCGAGGAGAGCUGUGCACCUCCGGCCAAGGACUUGGCUGGGUUUGCAAACUCCUGCUCCCUGCAUGGGAUUAAUCACAUCUUUGUCUCUGGUCGACUCGGCAUCCGGCAGACUCUGUGGGCACUCGCCUUCCUCACUUCUCUGGCGCUCUUUGUGUACCAGGCGGCAAAGUGCGCCAUCUCCUACCUGGAGCACCCGCAUGUCACGGCGUUGAACGAAGAGGCCACCCCGGAGAUGGUUUUCCCCGCCGUCACCAUCUGCAACAUCAACCGCUUUCGCUUCUCCGCGCUGACUGACGCCGACAUCUACCACCUGGCUAACUUGACGGGACUGCCCCCCAAAAACAGGGAUGGGCACAAGCCCACAGAUCUGAUGUACCCUGCCCCUGACAUGCAGGACAUCUUCAACAGGACGGGACAUCAGCUGGACGAGAUGCUCAUGAGCUGCAACUUCAGCGGACAGAACUGCACGGCGGAGGACUUCACUGUGGUUUACACCAGAUAUGGGAAAUGUUACACCUUUAAUGGAAACAAGACCACAUCCAGGAAAACCAAGCAAGGUGGAAUGGGAAAUGGGCUGGAGAUCAUGCUGGAUAUCCAGCAGGACGAAUAUCUGCCAAUAUGGAGGGAAACAAAUGAGACGUCUCUGGAGGCCGGAAUCCGAGUUCAAAUCCACAGUCAGGAUGAGCCUCCCUACAUCCACCAGCUGGGCUUCGGUGUCUCUCCGGGCUUCCAGACCUUUGUUUCAUGUCAGGAGCAAAGGCUGACCUACCUGCCCCAGCCCUGGGGGAACUGCCGCUCCAGCAGCAAGGAGAAGUUCCCCGGAUACGACACGUACAGCAUCAGCGCCUGUCGCUUGCUCUGCGAGACCAAUGAGGUCGUGCGGGUUUGCAACUGCCGGAUGGUGCACAUGCCAGGAACUGCUGAUAUCUGUCCUCCAAAUAAAAUCAACUGUGUUGACAAAGCACUUGCACAGCUCCAGAAGAUCAGCGGAGACACCUGUCCAUGCGAGACGCCCUGUAAUCUCACCCGUUACGGCAAAGAGCUCUCCAUGGUCAAAAUUCCCAGCAAGGGCUCUGCACGCUAUCUCUCCAGGAAAUACGACAAGUCAGAAGACUACAUCAGAGACAAUUUCCUCGUACUGGACAUCUUCUUUGAAGCUCUGAACUUUGAAACAAUAGAGCAAAAGAAAGCCUAUGACGUCGCAGGUUUAUUAGGUGACAUCGGUGGACAAAUGGGUUUAUUCAUUGGAGCCAGCAUCCUGACUAUCUUAGAAAUACUGGAUUAUAUCUAUGAGGUCUUCAAGCAACGACUACAACGUGUUCUGAGGCCGCGAAAAGAGGAAAAGAAGAGCAAGCCGCAACCACAGCCCGCCACCGUUGCGACAGUAGGUCUGGAAGAGAUGAAAACAGAGGAUCCCAACGCCAUGACGCGGAGUCACCCAGAGGGUGCGUACGCCAACACGAUGCUCCCAAAUCACCACCACCACCCUCACCAUCAUCACAGCGGACACCAAGGGGUGUUUGAGGACUUUACAUGCUAAAUCCAACCAUAGUUUCCAUUAUUUACUUUGCAUUGACAACUGAAGGGAGAGAAGAGCAGUGUUUGCCAACAUCGAGGAAAGAACUUCUGCAUUCAACGCCAGUUCUUUGCUGCCAUCAGUGAAAAGCUCCAGCCAAAGUCCAACACCAAACUUGUGAUGCUGACAAAGCACUUGUAUGUACAGUAUGUAGGCACAAAUUGGACACCAUGUUAAGUUUUGUUUGGUUUUGUAAGGAUGGGACCCCUUUAACUUUGUCUUGCCUCAAGUGGGAAGUCAGGCACUUUGUUAGGACCAAUUUUUCAUGCGUUUCCUUUCCUAAAAGGAAGAAUGCAUGAACCCUUGACGCAAUUUAUCGUCCCAAAACAAAUAACAAUAUGAUUUAUUGGUUGAUUUGUUUCUAUUUAAGCCAUCUUGAGCCAUUUUUCUUAAAGCUAUUGCCUUUGGAGUACAGACUGUACUGCUGUCAUUGCAACAUUAUGAAAUAUCUAAUCAUUUAAAUAGAGACUAAAAUCUAUAUGGUCUAUAUUGUAUACAAGAGAAACUCUGAAGUAAAACAAAGCUCUUUUUGUGCUAUAGUCAUUCAAUUAUUAUUAAGAUGUAACUGUAUGAUUUUAUUUUUUAUUUUUUUCCCCCCCCGGAAAAUCGAAGCAGCAUCUUUCCGUAGUCUGAUUUGUGGUAAAGGUGGUAGAAUGUCACAUUACACUUUGUGACAUGAACAUUGUAAAAAAGAAAAAAAAAAAGAAACAAGAAAGAAAGAGAGAUUCUGUUUUAAUGGUUGUUGUUUAUAAUGAAUUAAUAUAUAACUUAAGUAACCAGUUUGUUAUUUAUACAUUUUAGAGAAAUAAUUUGAUAUGCAAUCACGAUUGUAGCAAUUGAUGUACACUGAAAAUCUGCAGAUGAUUAAGAAUAUCAAUACAUUUGUACAGGUAAGAACAAUGACUCUGGAUUGUGGACAUUAUUUCCCUAUACAGUAUGUUCUUGUUUUGAAUAUUUAAGGCCAAAUUAUACCGGACACGUUUGUUGUACAGAUCCGCCGAGAUAUAGCGGCGAAGCCAAUCCGUUUCCAUUCUAUUAUAUUGUUCAUAUUAUACCGGCCGCAUAUAAGCUCCGGAUUGAUGCGGACCAUCUCCAACGUGCCGGAGCACGCCAGAUGCUUUUUAUUUUCUGUUUUUGUUAGCGAAGCAUCUUUGAAAAUGGGCGGAGCCAGGCCUGAAGUCAAUAGGCCAGGUGCUUAUUCACGUUUUAAAUACUAAUGAACAUGGACGAUGAAUGAUUCAUUAUGGAGGUGGAAAGUCACAAAGUGAUUUACGACACAGCAAAUCCUUUUCAUAAGGACAACUUUAAGAAGGGAUCUACACACAAUCCCAUCAUGGUGCAGGGUAAUGGCUGCUAGUCUGGGACCUGGCAGGCAUAGUAACAGGGUGGUAGGUGGGUCCCACACUUUUUCUUUAUGGCGUGGCUCCCGGGGCGUGGCCUCCUCUCUGCCUGGGCUUCCGGCCGCUGGGGUGGGGCUCCGAUCACACACCGCCCGCGGGGGCUUCACUGCAUUCUCCUGCUUCCGCCUUUUCCUCUCUUUUCUGCCUGGGUAUCCACCCUACGCUCCGGCGCGGGUCGCUCACUGGGUGCCAGUGUGUUGGCUGGGUAUCGCCUGCUCCGGUGGGGUGUGUCGCCCUGCCUAGGGCUUGGUGGGUCGCUGGUGGUCCAGCAAUGUGCCGUGCCGGGUGGGAGUGGAUUUGGGGGGUGGUGGCUCGUCCCCUUAUCCCAGGGGUCGGGAACCUAUGGCUCGCGAUCUGGCUCUUUUCACGGCUGCAUCUGGCUCGCAGACAAAUCUUUAACUAUUUAAAAACUAAAAAGUUUCGCAAUACUCCUUUGCACAUUGCGCGAAACGACGACGGUCACCAGUCGGAUGCUGGUUUUGUGCAGUAAUGAGCAGACGUGUCUUUUGCGGUGUAUAUUAACAUUUUUAAUGCUCCAACGACCCUCUUGCAAUUCGCACUAGAUAUAAUCAAAUAGCAACCUAGAUGUGCUACGUUAGAUCUAGGGUCGCCACCUGUCCCUUAAAAUAAGGAACAAUCAGAAAUUGGGAAUUAAAUGUUGCAUCCCGUAUUGAACUAAUACAGAAUAUAAAUGAAUAGAUACAUUUCUAUGCAUUUUAGGAGUUUUGGGGAUGUCCCUUUUUUUUCUCUGCCUGUACAGUUUUGGGCACGAGAGGGGCGUCCCGUAUUUCUUAUUUCUGAAAGGUGGCAACCCUAGUUAGAUCCCCCCAAGUCCUAUGCCAUUGGCUGCGUGGGCCCAGGUUGAUCAUGGGACACGUAGUCCGUAUACUACAACCGGCGACUAGAAAGCCGGUUCGCAGUAAUUUUAGAGGGAAAAUGGCAAACAUACAGUCAUUGUCUCUAUCUAUAUUUUUAUUUAUCAAUCACAAUGGCAACGCAGAUGAGGCAGCGACACUGUUCAAGUGGGGUCGCUAUAUUUUGCCGUUGAAAAUAGCGGCCGAUGUGCGCAUGUGCGUGAAGUAAAUUUCCCUCAUUUUUAGAUUUUUUUUCCACGUUUGUCAGCUAAUUUUAAAACCCCUUUUGAGAAGAUGGGAAAAAGAAAAAAAGUUGAGGAGUAUCGUACUUUUAACCAGGAACUGACAGAGGAAUUUGCCUUUGUGGAGAUUUUUUGAUGACUUUUCGGAUACAGACCGUCAUAAUGUCAAAUCAAAUUGAGACAACGCUAGUGAAGAACAUAAAUGCGGCACCAUUUUUUCUCAAACUUUAGAUGAGUCAACAGACGUAAGCAAUUUAUCCCAAUUCAGCGUGAUUGCAAGGUUUUGACUAUGAAAGGGACAACAAAGGGGGGGGGUUUAUUCCAAGUUUAUUCAAGGGGCCGUUUACAUGGUGACUCUCCGAGAAUACGAAAAAUGUCAAAGUUGCAUUUGCAUUUGCGUCUCUAUUUGAACAAUGUCGCAAUUCCGCAUAAAAACGAUGUAGUAUUCAUGCCAGGCCCCAGGGGGCAGUGCAGAUUUACUGGGCGACAGAGAAUGAUGCACUUUGACCCCACCAAGCUCCCUCAGCCCGGAAAAAAAAUAUGCCCGCCCACUCAAAGCAAUGUCAUUUUUCUUUUGCUCAAAAAGGCACAAAAAUUGAAACGUUUAACAUAUUUAAUUUAAAAAUAUUAUUAAAACAGUAAAUUAAGGCCGACAUUCCGCCAUAUUUGCUGUUUUUAAUGUUUAGUAGCACCGCUGCGCACGCCCAAUGUGACGUGUAUGAGUGCUGACGUUAACGACGCGGUCUCGCGCUGCAGGAGUCUUUGAUAUGCAUGCCGAAGAAGCCCCCAUCAACCCCCCGCAAUCGGAUUCUUCCACUUUGGAGGCAGGAUUCAGAAUUUUUCGUCUUCGCCGACACCAUAUGCACGCGAGGCGAGUCCGCAACUCAGUCAUUGCGUCUUUGUGUCGCAAAGUCGCCAUGUAAACUGCCCCAAAGUCUGUGCGUGGUGUGGAAAAACAAGAUUAGUUGUGCUUCGUGAACAUGGAAAGAGACGCGUCCUAAGUUUCUCAACGCCUGCAUGAAGCUUAACCCCUCCAAGUAUCAACCAGAAUACAAAGCCAUCAGAAAAACCAUGUAGCACCAGAAGUCGCAUUAAUGGUAAUAAAUGCUCAUCAUUGAUUAACAACAGCAUAACAAUGUCAUUAAAAAUAAUUCAGAGACCAACCCAAACCCUUGUACUUUAAAAGUGUUGAAAUUACAUAAAAUGCACACAUUGCUUGUAUUUUUAGUUUGCAUAUUGUAUGGCACUUACGGAAUUACAUUUUUUAAAAUGUGGUGUCCAUGGCUCUCUCAGCCAAAAAGGUUCCCGAUCCCUGCCUUAUCCCAUCCCUGAGGGCCAGUUCAUGGGGCGCGGAUGGCCCGGCGGACCACCCUGGAUCCCAACGGCCCCUUUGCUGGGCUGCGGGAGGAGGGAUGUGCUGCGCUGAUGGGAUUCAUGCAUGGCUUGGUGCAAUUAGACACACUCAAGUAGAAAACUUCAGUGUCAUCGAUGAGACAGCAUAGAAUAGGAUGCCAACAUACUCACACUCACAAGGGAUUCACACAAAUACUGAGUUUUAGACCACAUGGCUGAUUUGUGUACACUCCACCCCUCCAAAUCAUUUAUCUUUCAGCCCCCCCUCUCUUUCCAUGGUCAUCAGGUCCCCCUCAUGGUGUCAACCAGAAAUACAACUAGCUAACGAUAGCACCAACAUAUUCAUAGUUAGUGUCAGCCAAAUAAUCAGGAUCGUUACGGGCUCCUGCAGAGCUUGCUGAUGAGCUGAUCAUUUGAUUCAGGUGUGUUAUUGGAUGCGAACUAUAGAUAAUCAUAGAGGAUAGGGGGGAUAAAAACAGUGAUGAAUGUAUGGCAGCCGCCGGCCGUCCAGAUCACCGGCCGUUCUGUGAUCCUCCAGAAGCUACAGAUUACCAGUCCGCCCCUGCCUGGUGUAGGCGUUCAAUGUAUUUCUUGUUGUUUGUGCUUCUUUUGUCUCCCUGUCUCCCUCUUUUCUUGUUCCCCCAUAACCCCUUCCUGUUCGCUGCCUUCUCCUAAUAGAAAAAAGUAAAAGGAGAAAAAAAGGAAUCUGCAUGGCACGCCCUACCAGAUCUAUGAGGAUGGACGGUUAGUUAUGCAAAUUAUAUAAUUUAAAACCGUAAAUAAAUAGUACAGAACGGGUUGUUGACGUGGUCGGGGUGUCACAAACCCAUGAAAAGCAAAAAUAAUUCGGGGAAAAAAAAUGCUCAGUCAAAUCAAGUCCGCCUCUCUCUCUGCUUCUCUGUUGAGUACAAACUCCGUGUGUUUAGCGUUGUUUUUAAUGCCACAUUAUCGCGUGCGAUCACACGAGACCUCACGACGGGACAGAGCUGCCAGACCGCAGUUGUGCGCAGCCGGUAUGUUUUGUCCCAUUUUUGACGUACUGCGGAGCACGCAGUCAACACGGAGCUUGGCGGAUCCGUACUGCAAACGCCUCUGGUAUAAUUUGGCCUUUAUAUGAAGAGUGGAAGCUUAAAAUCCUGAGACCCUUUGUGGUCGUACAGUUGGGAAUGUAACUUUUAUUUUUUUACAGAAUCAACAAGAUAUAUUGUGCAGUAUAUGUGUGCGGGUACUUUACAAAUUCAGGGUUCCCAAGGCCUGGUGGACCUUUAACCCUGGAAUCUGAUGAGCACAUACUUCAAUGAGAAAAUGAUGACUGUGGACUAGCUAUUUUUGGGGCAGUGGCAAAAGUACAUACGUUUUAGGGAUCAAUUCAACAUUGGUGUGGAGCACCAGAGACAAUCAUUGUUAGCUCACGUCAGAAAGAUUUCCUGUAUGACACGAAAGAUUUGGGUACUGAGAUUUUAAAAUAAACGUUGUAGUCAAAUAUAAUUAAGCUUUGGUUACUGCACACUCAAGAUAGGUAAAUCCUUUAAAAGCAAUAGGAUUGCAUUUGCUCUUUGGAUAUAUUGAAAUUUUUAGUUUAGUGUUUGAACAGUUGCUGAAGCUGCUUUUCAGAAGAUUCAAAUAGUAAAGCAAUCCUCCCGAAAAACAGCAAAUAUUCAUCUUUUUCACAUGUAAUAAAACUUGAAGUGUUCCAUAUCUACAAUUGAUUUAUAGUACACGAUGCAGAAAAGUGAAGUAAUUGUAUCCAAUUUUUGAAUAAAGAUUUACAAUUUCUGUAUAUGUGUGCCCAAAAAAAAAACAAUAGUGGCUGUAUAAUAUCAUGGUAAUCAUGUGUAAGCAAAGUAUUAGGGGUGAACGUUUUGACAAUAUUUAAUUUCCUGUUUUACAUUCAUUUUCACAGUUACAGUAUUUUCAAACGCGAGCAAUAAUAAAAGGCUUGAACAGUUGUUUCGUUUCGGCCAAAAGCUUCUGCUUGUUGAGAAGUGGGCUCAGCAAGGUUAACACCACCAUACAGUGUUCAUAUAUCAAAUUUUUGCUUGCAAGUCAAAGCAAAAAAAUCAGCCGAACAACCGCCUCUUGGGUUGCCAGUAAACGACAGGGCAGUAUCGGUCCAAUUUUCAUACUAACGUCGUAACGCGUGUUCGCGGCUGGAUUACGGAUCGAGUAAAUUUAAAUACAGAAUAUAAAAUUUACAAAUGACAAAAUAUUCUAUCCAAUAGUUUUCGUCACACAUUCCACAGUCGUGGAAUUGUUCACAAUGAGAUACCACACACAGCCAUCUGUCAACUCUCCUACCCCUGUCAAGUAAUCAUGGGCUGCAUAUGACUGUUUAAUAUUCAUAAUCAUGUGUCACUUUGACAUUUUCAAAAGGUUCCCAAUCGCACUCUCUGAUGGCAUCCCACACAGGCCAUGCAUAACAAUCCUUUCCUCUGUCAUCAAUAAUAGUGGCUGCUCGCAGACAAGUCGCACAGGGGGUUGGGGUGUUGAGAAGAAUACAGGACAGUUUUUACUGCGGAAUUUGCCUGAACGGGAGUCAAUGAGCAUUUGUUGUCAUUUUUCGUCUCACCAUCUUUGUUUUCAACCCAGACAACCUGCUUGGCUUACAUGUGUAAGGGCCAUGUUCAUAUGAGAGCUGGGGUCAUGUCUGCAUGCUGCCGGGCACAAUGUCAGGCCUCGGACUUGUAAGCACAGCAGACAGGACAGCAUGAGGCCUGCAUUCCUGGGAUUCCAAGACCCUUUGGAGUUUGGUCUCUGGGCAAGACUUUGCACAAACAUUUGUCACAUGAUGGCAUUUAGACAGUAAUGAAUACGUUUCAGCAACAAAGUCACGAUAUAUUUUAUUUAUAUUUUAGGU